AUGGUGACGACACGGCGGCAGGAGGCGCUGCAAAUGAUGAACACGCCGCCGUCGGGGUGGGAGCAGACGGAGGGCGAGCCCUCGCCUUCCACACCCGUCGACGCCGCGCUGCCCAGCCGCCUGCCGCUCAAGUCGGCGCUCAAGACGCGGCUGCUGCCGGGGGACGGGCGUCACGGGGAGGAGUGCACCCCCGUGGAUGCGGGGCUGAAGAAGACGGUGCGCAUCCACAGCAGCAACAACAUGGUGCACGAGUUCCAGGCCAGCCUGACCACAGACGAUGCGCACGCCUACAGCGACGAUGAGGGUGGCGCGACCCCCGAGAGCGGGCGGCGGCGCCGCCCGCCGCCGCGCCGCCGCCCCGCCACACCCCGCUACGACAAGUUCAUGUCGGGCGUGCUGGCGGGCAUGCGCAGCAGCGGCGGCGGCAGCAACGGCGGCAGCACGGGCGGCGGCGCCGCGGACGGCGGCGCGCUGCUUGGCCUGCUGUUCACGCUGAGCUGGAUGCUGGCCAGCUCAGCGCUCAUCUUUGUGAACAAGACGCUCAUGGUGGACCACGGCUUCCGCUUCCCGUUUGCCCUCACCUCCAUGGGCCAGAUGAGCUCCAUGCUGCUGGCCUGGCUGGCGUCGGUGGUGGGCGUAGCGCCGCUGCGGCCGGCGCCCUCCUGGGAGGUCGCCUUCUCCAAGCUGCUGCCCGUGUCCUUCAGCUUUGCCGCCUCACUGUUCCUGGGCAACGUGGCGUACCUGGGCAUGUCGGUGGCCUUCAUCAACAUCAUGAAGGCAGCCACCCCCAUGGUCACGCUGGCGGUGGGGCUGGCGCUGCGCCUGGAGCGCACCUCCAAGCUGACGCUGGCCGCCACCGUGCUGAUUGCCGUCGGCACCGCCAUCUCCACCUCCUCAGAGGCCAGCUCGGGCCACUUCCGCUGGCUGUCCUUCUUUGCCUUUGCCUUGAGCGUCGUGUUUGAGGGCAUCCGGGUGGUGCUGACCGAGAAGCUGCUGGGGCAGGCCAAGUACAAUGUGAUGGAGGCUCUGGUGUACCUGGGCCCCUUCACGCUGGCCUUCCUGGGAGGCGGCGCAUACCUGUUUGAGUGGGACCAGGGCCUGUCGACAGAGGGCAUGCGAGUGAUGCGGGAGCGGCCGUUUGACUUUGCGGUGGCGACCCUGAUCAGCUUCCAGGUCAACCUCUUCUGCUACCUGGCCAUCAAAUACGUCUCCGCCACCUCAUUCAAGGUGGCAGGCUGCCUGAAGAAUGUGCUGGUGGUGUGGGGCGGCGUCCUGCAGGGGGAUGUGGUCACGCCGCAGGAGCUGCAGGCAAGUGUGCUGGGGUAUGCCGUUUCGUUGGUAGGGUUUGUGCUGUUCUCAGCCUCCAAGCUGCGCGGCACCGUGCCGGGGGCGGGGCAGACGGGCGACAGCCAAUCACCCGCAAAGAAGCAGCGAUAG